AUGAACCGCAACAAAAGUAGUCCUGACAAGCUGAUUCAUUUGGAUGAGUCUGAGUACCAUUUCUGUCGCGUCAUCGGAGGCACCUCUUUUUUUCCUUUCCAUGAUGGACUGCAGCCAUUCAACUACUUUCCGUCUUGGAGUCUGUCAGCAACACUGACAGCCACAUUUCCCUCCAUUCAGGAGUCUAUACGGCUUAGGGUGAGAUUGACUUGGAAACCUCUGGGACCGGGACAAUGGUAA